AUGAAAACGUCCACAGCACUUGUUACCGGAUCUCAAACAGAUAUCAAGGGAAAUCUCAUUGAAUCCUAUGAAAGCAAUGUUACUAAUGUCGACGUCAACGUUGUUGCGUCUCUUGUCCCUUUUCAACAACAAAACGUCGACGUCGAGCUCCAUCUAACGAACCAGAAGCUGCGAGCUGGCCAAAAUGCAAAGUUCCCACAGACUAAGCGAUUGAGAAUGAUAGAGAUUGUGUCCAUUCAAGCUCUUCCAAAGGGAUUCUCGAUUCACUCAGCUCAGACGUUUGGUAACAGUGCGUGGACUAUUACAGGCAAGAUUGUUGCCCGUUCCUCGAGCUCUGAGAAAGCCUUUUUCGUCAAGACCGCAUACGGAGAACCGGCAGAAUUUGUUGAUUUCGACACCACAACGGCACAAGAUCCUUCCGAGUUCUGCCAACGCUUGCCCGAAAUGCACCAGAAGAGUCUGACUCUUUCGGACAAGUUUGGUUUCAGCGUCACGACAUGUGAUGGCGAUCGUCCGCAUGUUGUAGAAUGGGAGUCGGACUGGGCUGUGUUCUAUCGGAAACUUUUCCUUCACACGCUUAGCUUGGACAUCAAGAAGAAUGGCACUUGGUCCAGGUAUGAGCGUGCGGCACACCAGGUAGCUGAUCUGAUUCAUGGCGACAUGUGGGAGGGUAACACAAGUAUCAAUAAAGACACAAACCUACCGAUGUUGUUCGAUGCCGGGUCGUAUUUUGCCCACAGCGAGGUGGAGUUGGGGCACUGGGCUUGCGAGUUCUCGGCAAUCUUUUGA